AUGGACAAAAUGAAAUCAGCAGAAUCUGCCCUUACCCCUCGCAGCAGCAGCAGCAACAACAACGACAACAACAGCAACAACAACAGCAGCAGCAGCAGCAGCACCCACCCCCAGCAACAGCAGCAGCAGCAGCAGCAGCAGCAGAAGCAGCAAGAUGUGUGGGGGGGUAUCCCUCGUUUUUAUCGGGGUGUAUUGCCCGCUCUUGUGCAGUCGCCUUUAAGCAGAUUUGGAGAUACAGCCAGCAAUGUCGGUGUACUAGCACUUUUAAACUCUUAUCCUCAAACAAAAGAUAUUUCUAUUGCUGCACAAACCGCCCUUGCUUCUUGUGCUGCUGCCGCUUGGCGUCUCUUUCUAAUGCCCAUUGAUGGAUUGGGUGGGCCUGGAAGACAUCAAAACAGGUUCAUGGGAGCGACGGUUUGCAGCAGCUUGUUCAGAAAGGUGCCUUUAUCAGGGUUCUAG